AUGCGCUUAUGCUCCUCGAUUUUCUUCAUCAGUCCCAUUUGCUUCUUCAUGGCGUUGUCGUGCUUCACGCUCGCCUCGUGCCAGCGGAAGGACCCGAUCUGGAGGCACGGGCAGCAACUGGCAGCAACGGGCAGCACAGGCACGGGCAGCAACAGGCAGCAACAGGCAGCACAGGCACGGGCAGCAACGGGCGGCAACGGGCAGCACAGGCAAAGGCAGCCAUGGGCGGCAACAGGCAGCACAGGCACGGGCAGCAACAGACAGCACAGGCACGGGCAGCAAUGGGCGGCAACAGACAGCACAGGCACGGGCAGCAACGGGCGGCAACGGGCAGCACAGGCACGGGCAGCAACGGGCGGCAACGGGCAGCACAGACACAGGCAGCAACAGGUAGCAACGGGCAGCACAGGCACGGGCAGCAACAGGCAGCAACGGGCAGCACAGGCACAGGCAGCAACGGGCGGCAACAGGCAGCACAGGCACGGGAAGCAACAGGCAGCACAGGCACGGGCAGCAACGGGCGGCAACAGGCAGCACAGGCACGGGCAGCAACGGGCGGCAACGGGCAGCACAGGCACGGGCAGCAAUGGGCGGCAACGGGCAGCACAAGCACAGGCAGCAACGGGCGGCAACGGGCAGCACAGGCUCGGGCAGCAGCAGGCAGCAGCGGGCAGCACAGGCACAGGCAGCAACGGGCGGCAACAGGCAGCACAUGCACGGGCAGCGACAGGCAGCACAGGCACGGGCAGCAACGGGCAGCAACACGCAGCAUAG